AUGACACUACACGUUAACAUGUUCAUAGUAGCAUUAUUCAUUUCUGGAGUGAGCGCGGAAUGGGUUGAGAUAUCGCAGAACAAUUACAGACAGGAACCACCGAGAUUAAAAGAAAACGUUGACCUUGUCUCAGAAGACCUAACCUAUGUGAAUCAAUCUCUUAACCAGUGGAAAAGAGGAUCCAUUGAUAAAAUAUCACAUAUCGGUAAUGUAAGAAGAGUAACAUACGCCAGCGUCAAGACACCAAAUGAAAAGCCUAAUAAUUAUGGUUUGGAGACUCGGCCUGUUAUGUGGAAAGGUUCUCGAACCAAAUUGACGCAACAUUCUCUUGAAGACAGUGAACGUAAAAUACAUGGAGUUCAUUUAAAGGGUGAUAAUCAAAAUAGUAUAAAAAUUAAAAGUAACCCUUAUAUAAGCCGUCCAGUCCAUUCUCUAGUUACGAACGGUGCACAUAAUGUAGACGACCUGAGAUCGCCAGAUAAAGUUGACGUAAAUGCAGAAACUGGAGGCUUUCAAAGGGUUUUUAUUGAGGAAGUCUUCGAAAGUUCAUCGGAUAGAAAUGACAUUUUGUCUACUGAAGAUCCCAGUGUUAAGACCAAAGACGAUAAAAAUCUGAAACACUUUUCUAAAGAAAAGCCUGUAACAGAAGAUUGGAUAUAUAAUUCUGUGAGUGAAGAUAAUAAAAUGGAGAGAGUAUGGGAAGCUGUUAAGCUUGUCGCUGAUACAAUAUCAAAAAAGACCCACCGAGGUUUCAAAAGCAAAGUUCGUUAUCUUGAAGAUUUAAAAGACACAAUAACUGCUAGUAUUGAAGGGCAUAUUGAUCGCCUGUGGCCAGACGAUGAAGAUGGCCGAUCUCGUCGUUCCACGGAAUCCCGGGGCCAUGUCGAGGUCCCGUCCUCUGAAGGGGCCCUCAUGACCAUCUCUUUCCUGACCUUUGCCGUGUUUCUCAUCAAAUUAGUUUUGCAAGUAAUCCACGCGUAUAAGCAGAAAGCAAUGAUGGUAACUCCAGCAGUUCUGGCCGCUGUCGGACGCACUUCGGGAUCUUUUAUGAGAAAUCUAAACUAAUCGAAGACAACUGAAGUCUUCUUACCUUAUGUUUAAUAUAAAUUAUAAUGUGUUUUAUC